AUGGCACUGCUCAAGGUGCACGGACCUGUCCGGAUGCGCAGCAUGCAGACUGGGAUUACAAAGUGGAAAGAAGGGAGCUUUGAAAUCGUGGAGAAGGACAACAAAGUGAGUCUAGUGGUUCACUACAAUGUUGGAGGAAUUCCAAAGACGUUUCAGCUAAGCCAUAACAUUAAAACUGUGACCUUACGACCAAAUGGCAGAAAGCUGUGCUGCCUGAUGCUAACACUAAAGGACACCAGCUUCCUGACAAUUGACAAGGUACCAUUUAAAGAUGCCAAUGAAAUGCGGAUGUAUUUGGAUGCAGUCCAUCAAGACAGGGUUCAUACUGCUGGGAAACCCUCUCAAGGAUCUGGCAGCUUUGGAGGUGUUCUGGGCAGCAGGACCACACAGAAGGAAGCUAACAGGCAAUUCUCUUAUAUAGAGAACCAGACUCCCCCGAAACGAGUGACUGUGGAAAGUAAGGAGGAAAAUACAUUUCGCAAGGUGCUGAGUACCCCAGCCAGAGGCUCUCCUAAGAAUUCUGCUGGAGCUGGAACACCAAGCAACAGGGUGAACAUUUCAGCAUCUCCUACAUCAUCAGUCCCUCACAGAGCAGGCCUGUUGGAGAACCGUGAAAAGAGAAAAAGAACACAACCCCCUGGUUCAGAAAUGAGUGAAGAUUAUCCCAAAGAGAAUGAUUCUUCAACGAAUAAUAAAGCCUUGAGUGAUCCAGCGUGGAAGUACUUGAACAGUAGCAGAGAGAAGCAGUUGAAUCUGAAGCAGGCUGAGGAAAACAGGACAUCAGGUAUUUUACCACUGCAGUCAUCAUCCUUUUAUGGCAGUCGGUCCUCUGCAAAGGAGUACUCCACCAGCAGUUCCAGCCUAGACAGGUCUAGUGUAUCCAGCCAGACCUCUUCAGCCAAAAGAAGCCUGGGAUUUCUUUCUCAGCCUGCUCCUCUUUCUGUUAAAAAAAUGAGAUCUAAUCAAGAUUACACAGGGUGGAACAAACCCCGAGUGCCCCUUUCCACCCAUCCUCAACAGUUGCAAGGAUUUUCAAACUUGGGCAACACCUGCUAUAUGAAUGCCAUUCUACAGUCAUUGUUUUCAAUUCAGUCUUUUGCUAAUGAUUUGCUCAAACAGGGCAUCCCAUGGAAAAAAAUUCCACUUAAUGCACUUAUCAGACGUUUUGCCCAUCUGCUUGCUAAAAAGGAUGUCUGCAGCCCGGAGGUUAAGAAAGAGCUGCUCAAGAAGGUGAAAAGUGCCAUUUCAGCUACUGCAGAGAGAUUUUCUGGGUACAUGCAGAAUGACGCACAUGAGUUCUUGAGCCAAUGUCUGGAUCAGCUGAAGGAAGACAUGGAAAAGUUAAACAAAACUUGGAAGAGUGAACCAGUCCCUAAUGAGGAUAACUCACCAGGACGUGCUUCUGAUGACCUCUCAGCCACCAAAGUUUAUACAUGUCCAGUUAUCAGUAACUUAGAAUUUGAGGUUCAGCAUUCUAUCAUAUGCAAAAUGUGUGGUGAAACGGUGACUAAACGAGAACAGUUUAAUGACCUCUCCAUUGACCUUCCUCGGAGAAAGAAAUUGCUUUCUUCCCGAUCCAUCCAGGACUCUCUUGACCUCUUUUUUCGCGCAGAGGAGAUCGAGUAUUCUUGUGAGAAGUGCAAUGGGAAGUCUGCUGUUGUCACACACAAGUUCAAUAGGCUUCCCAGGGUCCUGAUUCUUCAUCUGAAGCGAUACAGCUUCAAUGUAGCAUUGUCUCUCAAUCAUAAAGUUGGGCAGCAGGUGGUUAUUCCAAGAUACUUAACCUUGCUUUCCCACUGUACGGAAAGCACCAGGCUGCCACUGACACUGGGAUGGAGCGUCCAUUCUGCAAUUUCCCGUCCAUUGAAAGCCUCCCAAAUGGUGAAUUCCUGUACUGUAAGCACUUCCACACCUUGUAGAAAAUAUACUUUCAAGUCAAAGAGCUCUACAACACUCUAUGUAGAUUCUGACAGCGAUGAUGAGCCAUUGAAACGCUCUAGUGCCCAUAGCCAAAGGUUGUGUAAUGUACAGAGUAGAGAUCAGCAGCAACUGCAAGAAGAGCCAGACAAGGGUUCAAAAAGAAGUAAAAUGGAGGGUGAUAAACCCGAGCUGAGUAAUGCUAGUUUUGAUGGGAUGAGUGAAGAUGAACUGCUAGCAGCUGUCCUAGAGAUUAGCAAAAGGGAAGCUUCUCUGUCUCUGAGCCAUGAUGAAGAUAAACCUACAAGCAGCCCAGACACUGGUUUUGGAGAUGAUGAAAUUCAAGAAUUGCCAGAAAACCUGGAUUCUAUGGAGAUGGAGAAACCCAAAGCCAUAUUAGACUCAGGUCCUGCCAAUUUCACUGAGAUAACUAAAGAUUUUGAUGAGAAUAAGGAAAACAAAACUCCAGAAGGCUCCCAGGGUGAGGUUGACUGGCUGCAGCAGUACGAUAUGGAGAGAGAGAGGGAAGAGCAAGAACUUCAGCAGGCACUGGCUCAAAGCCUUCAAGAGCAAGAGGCGCGAGAACAGAAAGAGGAUGAUGACCUCAAACGAGCCACGGAAUUAAGUCUGCAAGAGUUUAACAGCUCUCUUCUGGACAGCGUUGGUUCUGAUGAAGACUCUGGGAAUGAGGAUAUUCUUGACAUGGAGUAUUCAGAAGCUGAAGCAGAAGAGCUGAAAAGAAAUGCUGAGACAGGAGAGCUUCCUCACUCCUAUCGUCUCAUCAGCAUCGUCAGCCAUAUUGGAAGCACAUCAUCUUCAGGUCAUUAUAUCAGUGAUGUCUAUGAUAUCAAGAAACAAUCCUGGUUCACUUACAAUGACCUGGAAGUGUCUAGAACUCUAGAGGCCACUGUUCAGUGUGACAGAGACCGAAGUGGCUACAUCUUCUUCUACAUGCACAAGGAUAUCUUCGAUGAGUUACUAGAAACAGAAAAAAAUGCACAGCCACUUAGCAUGGAAGUAGGAAGAUCGGUUCGUCAGCCUCUGUGA